AUGAGCAACAUUGAGGAACCAGUAGACUCGAUACUGGAAUUGCUGACUUGUCGUAACCCAACGGUUCAUCACACUGGGCCUAACAGCAAGACCAACACCAAAAACCCUCACUAUCAUUUUCCCACAGAAGUCAAAGAAUGGAAAGAGUUCCAAGACUUCGACGUGCUGGGGAAGGUCUUUGGGGGAGAGCUACUAAAAGAGGCUCUCCAAGCAAGAAAGCUUCAUCCUCCCCGGAUUCGUGAUAAGGACAAUCUCCAGCUUGAGAGUGACGAAUUUGAAGUUCGAGAAUUGAUUGAAAAGUGGAACCAGGAGGUUGUCAUGUCGGCGAUUGAUCCUAUAGUUGGCCGAUUCCACCCGGUAAAAUGGAAGAAGGGGAAAGCUCCUGACGACGCUGAUUGCGAGUACGAAUCACCGGAGCCGCCAGAGAAGCAGCGAGAACAGCCAGGCCGAAAAUGUAUCCCAAAGCCUACACCGCGUCGUAAACACUCGUAUGCAAAAUUCAAGCCCGACUCUGGAUCUGUUUCGAGCAACCCAACAUCAGAAAAGGAUGUAAAGAAGGAGAGAUUCGUCAAGGAAUACAAAGUGGCAACCAAAUGGAGAAGCAGAUGGAUUCAUGAAAGGGGUCUAGUUGAUGAAUCUGGCAAAUGGAACAGGAGACUGAGUCAAAGGAAUCCUGCCGGGCUACCAGUCAUACAAACAUUUACCUACUGCGUUCAGAAUAUGUGUCGUUACGGAUGCAUCCUCACUUGCGAAGAGGCAUUCAUCUUCCGAGUAAGGCCGAUCGCGGAAAGCCCCAUUUCGCAAAGGUCUGAGCCAGUGAGAGCUCAAUUAGCGAAAAAUGGCCUUCUGGAGUAUGCUUCUAUUCCUUGGGAGGCUCAUUUCGAGAAAAUGCCCGAAGCUUGUGACACCUGGACCAUAAACCUAGCUUUGUGGUUUAUACACGUCCUAGCUGGCAACGAAGCUGGUGUGAAUUGGACAUAUCCUCGACUUGAAAUCGAGACGCAAUUUGUAUCACAAGAAGCGCCUCUUUCUAACACCUCCCAAGACUUCGAAGACGAAGUUUACGUAGAAAACCAAGAUGGGCUGAAUGCGGCUAAUAAAUUUGAGACCCCCGUGCUCUAUGAAACUGAGACGUUGCCCAAGACUCCGGAAGCAAGGCUUUUGGCAAAGCGGAAAUGGGAAACGGAUGGAGAAGUGGAAUCAGAUGCGGAGGAGGACACAGAAACGGAGCAGGAAGAGCAGGCUGAGACAGACGACAGGUUUCUCCAUUCGUUUGAUGCUAAACGCCGGUUCGUUCAGGUUUAG